AUGUCGCGUAUGUCCGGUGGUCUGCAGUACAUGGGACAUACUAGCCGCGACUUGGUAAACAAGAAACAAAAGUUUGCCAGAGAAGAGUCCCAAGAUGACGUCAAGAAUCUUCUGGAUUUCUUCGAGAAUAUGCAGAAGAUAAACCCAGAGUUUUUCUAUGAUUAUGACGUUGAUGCAGAUAACCGUGCAGCAUUAAAAACUACCCUCCCAGAUACUCUGCAUAAGUUGUGUCGGUGGCAUAUCAUGAAGAAGUACAAAGACCACCUCGCCUUGCUGUAUAAGGCGCACGAGAAACUCAAGGAUGACCUCAAUGCGGUGCUGAACCACCCACUAAUGCCGUCAGAAUUUGAACGAGCAUGGAAUGACCUCAUUCAGAGAUACAACUUGCAAGACGAUGAAGUGAUGAAUGACCUGUGGGAUGACAGGCACGAGUGGAUCUCGGCUUACUACAAGGAAAUUUUCUGUGCUCGGAUGACUUCCACGCAGAGAAGCGAGAGCAUGAACCGCAUACUGAAGAAAAACUUUGUCAAAGAGAAGCAUGAUCUCCAUCUGUUUGCUCAGCAGGUGGACAAGUGCAUUAAAACCAGGAAGGCCGUAGAGCGCGCAGAGACAGUAGCAAAUGAGUCAGAGGUAAAGACAACAACCCAGUUUGGGUUCGAAGUUCAGCUAUCAAAAGUGUAUACACGGGCAGUGUUUGCAGAUUUCAAAGAAACACUCUAUCGUAGCACUGCAUUAAGAGCAGAACGGUGCCCCGAGAACCCGACAAAGUAUCUCGUACACCACUACAACAGAUCGGAUGCAUUUGACUGGGCAAGGCAUAAUUUCCAAGUGGUCGCCGAUGAAAAGAAAGGUGUCUACGAAUUUCUCCAAAGUCUUACCAGGAAGUUCACUAUAUGUGUGCAAGAAGUGCAGUACAUGCUCAAAAUGAAACACAAGAGAAGCACUUUCGCGCAGUGCACAAAAGCAGAAUUAGUGAACCUGAUGUAG